CAUUGUCAAUUGUGACGGGUGAGCAAUCAGCACAUGCGACGAUUUAUGAAGGCGAAUUAAGAUUCUUCAGCUAUUACCUCGCUCUGUGGACACAAGUGAACAAGAUCGUUAGACAUUCAAGAUGAAGUUGUUCAAAGCUUUUUACAUGGUCGUACUGUUUGGUUUAACAAGUCUUGAUGUUUUAGCAGAAGGCAAUGGAUCCUGGUGGAAUCUUGGCGUAAGUGGCUCUUCGAAACCCCAAGAUGAUUACAACUUCCAGCUUUCUCCUGCUAACGGAGUCAAACCUGUGACGCCGAAACAACAGCGAUUGUGUCGGAAGUAUCCAGAGUUGGUUCCCUACAUUGGACUAGGGGCAAAAUUUUCUAUCAGCCAGUGCCAAUAUCAGUUUAAAAAUCGACGGUGGAAUUGUUCUUCUCAUAGUCCUGAAAAUGUAUUUGGGAAAAUUGUAAAAAUAGCUUGCAGAGAAACUGCUUUCGCUUACUCAAUAACUGCAGCCGGUGUAUCUCACGCCAUAGCUAGAGCUUGUAGCGAUGGCAAAGUGGCGGCUUGUGGUUGCGACAGUAGAUACAAGGGAGUAACCCAUGAAGGAUGGCAGUGGGGAGGCUGUAGUGACAAUAUUCAUUUUGCUGAUCAGUUCUCCAGGAAGUUUGUCGAUGCAGGAGAGAAGGGAAGAGAUUUUCGCACAUUGGUUAAUUUGCACAACAAUGAGGCCGGAAGAACCGCAAUUCGAGAAAACAUGGUGAGAGAAUGCAAAUGUCAUGGAGUCUCCGAAGCCUGCACUGUUCGAACUUGUUGGAGAAGGCUGGCUGACUUCAGACGAAUUGGCGAUGUGCUCAAAGACAAAUUUGACAGCGCUUCAUUGGUAGAAUUCGAACAGAACAACAAUCGUAAUGGUCAUAAUGUCAAGAAAGGAAAGCCCUUUCGACCGAAAAAUAAACUCCACAAGCCUCCUACAAGGGCAGAUUUGGUUUACUACGAAGACUCGCCCAAUUUUUGUAACAGAAACCCUGACACUGGAUCCCUCGGGACGGUUGGAAGACUGUGUAACAACACAUCUCUCGGGACCGAUGGGUGUGACUUAAUGUGCUGUGGAAGAGGUUUUACAUCGAGCGAAAGCGAAUUAGAAGAACUCUGCAACUGUCGCUUCUACUGGUGUUGCAAGGUGAAAUGUCAGAGUUGUCGAUCGAGGCUUACGCUUCAUAGGUGUAAAUAAUGUUAGAAGAGGAAUUAUCAUGGUACGAUUAACCUCGUCACUACAAAGUCAGCCAACAAUCUCCUGAUAUAAAUCUCGCAUGAAAACCACAAAGUGUGAUCAAAUGAAGGCCAUUGACCAGUUUUCUUAUGGGGCUCUUUGUAUCAUUAUGUCUGAGAGGUUUCUAACUUUAAAGAAUGUGACAGUAAAAUCGAUAUUUCCUGAAUUCAAACUUUAGUUGUUUCAGGUAAGAGAGGCGGUUGAUUUAAUUCUUCUACUAUUUGUACAAAAAAAGAAGAGUAUUGUAGAAUAUUAACAUUAUACUAGAGUAACCAGAUUUCCUUCACUUUCUGAACAAAAAAUACCCACUCUCAAUUGUGACUUGUUAUAGACGCCCUUAGAAAAAAAUGCAUAGUGCCAAGUUAACAUUAAAAGAACCAUGUCAGAAUUAUUUAGACUAGCUUUUGUGUGCACUAUAAAAAAAUAUAUCUCGUUAAUUCAACUAACGGCUCUUUCACCUUUGGUUAAAACCUAAAAAUUUUAAUAACAUAUCGAUUGUUGCCACGAGAUGUUCAAUUUCUUAUAGAAGAAUUAGGAAAAAAAAUGUUCAGUUUUAGGAACGUAAGAGCAUCGUAGAGAAAGUGCUACAGAACAGUAAUGAAGAGUAUGUUCCAAAUUCUGAGAUUAAUUCUUGUGAUCUGUCAGCCCCUUUGUUCCUCAAGAUUUGAUCAGUAAUUAUCUUUUUAGUCGAAAAAUUGUGUCUCGAUAACCUCUCAUAGUUACAUAAUUAUCUGGAAGACUAUGUGAAAUUUUCAUACAUCUAGAGCCUUUUUUUAUCUGGUAACUUAGAGAAAUCUUUUCAACCUAAGUUCUUUCUUAGUAGACCAUGUCGUAGCUUUUACAACCUAGUCAAGGAGUCUUUAAGAAGCCUCCAGUAAAAGUAUCAUGUUUUAAUAUUGGUUACGAAUUUAAAUCAGUUUUAAGACCGAGCAAGGAAAAAUUGUCAGGGUAGAAAUAACUCUCUUAAAAAAAAACCCAGAUAACUUGUGUAGUUGCUAAGUAAAUGAGGAAACAUAGCAAAGAUGAUCAGGGUUGAAUAGUUAUCGAUAAUCUGUGGACUAUAUUUUGUAGUCGGCUAAGACUUUGUUCAGAAAUGUUGGUUUCAUUGGGAAGAAAAAACGUCAAAUUUUAAACUUUUGGUACUUACACAUAGGGUCACAGAGACUA